AUGUCCAAUCCGCCCUUUACGGUCCGAGCGGUCUUCGAGUAUGCGUCGGGCCACGAUGACGACCUCAGCUUCCCAAUCGGCCAAAUCGUAACCGUCACCGCUGUCGAGGAUGACGAUUGGUACUACGGUGCAUACACAGACGGCUCUGGAACUAAACAAGAGGGUAUCUUCCCCAAAAACUUCGUCGAGCGAUAUGAGCCCCCUGCGCCUCCCCGACCGACACGCCCAAGCAGACCAAAGAAAGAGGCCGAGCCUGCCCCCGUGGAAUCCCCUGUUGCUGUGACCGAUAGCAAGCCGCAGGCGGAGCCCGAGGUUGCGGAGCAACCCGCCGUGGAAGAACAGGAACCAGUUUCCAAGCAGCCACCUCCCCCUCAGUCCCCGCCAGCGAUCUCGAGUCCUGUGGCCGAAACCCCAACGUCGCCUAAACUGCCACCUCAAACGGCUAAACCGGCUCCUGCUCCUGCCGCGGCCACCGCUCCUCCACCCGUGGCCAAGUCAUCAAAGCCCCCGCCUCCGACCGUUGCAGACAAGCCCUCGGGUUCGUCUUUCAAGGAUCGUAUCGCCGCCUUCAACCAGUCAGCUGCGGCGCCACUUGCCCCUUUCAAGCCCGGUGGUCCACGGCAGUCGACCUCGUUUGUCAAGAAACAAUUCGUUGCCCCUCCUCCCAGCAAGGAUUCCUUCGUGGCCCCACCAAGAGAGCCUGUUCCCAAAGUCUACAAGAGAGAGGAGGAUCCCGAUGUGAAGGAGCAACUUGCUCGUGAGCCACUAGUCCCGGAGACCCGUCCGCCCCCGCCUGCUCCGGUGCCUGCGCAAGAAUCCGAAGAGGGCGCCGAGGAUCAGCCGAAGCCGACUAGCCUGAAGGACCGCAUUGCGGCCUUGCAAAAGCAGCAAUUGGAGCAGGCCCAGCGCCAUGCAGAGGCUGCGCAAAAGAAGGAGAAGCCUAAGCCUCCUAAGAAACCGGUUGAGCAACCCGCGGAGUCUGUCGAAGCCGAGGAGGAGCUCGAGACCUCUCCUGUUGAGGCCGUGGGAACAACCCGGGACGCUAGUGUUGAUACAUUGCGUGCCAAGGCACCUCAGGCACAGCCGACUCCCUUCUCUCCCUCAGAGGAAGUAGCAAGCGAGUCAAAUGAUGCUGACUACUCUGCUGCUGCCGACUCUGAGGAUGCUGGAGAGACAUCCACGAGCAAGGAUGAAGAGGAGGAGCGUCCUCGUAAACAAUCCACUCACACUAUUGAGCAAAAGGGCGAGGAGGCAGACGUUGAAGAGGAGGAGGAGGAAGAGGAAGAGGAAGAAGAGGAAAUGGACCCUGAAACCAAGCGCAGAAUGGAACUUCGUGCCCGAAUGGCGAAGAUGAGUGGUGGUAUGGGUAUGAUGGGACUCUUCGCGCCUCCUGGUGGCCUGCCGGGCAUGGCUCCUCCUACAGGAGGCCGCAAACCUAAGACUCCUGGCGAAUCUGAAAAGCGACUUGCCGAGCCCGAACCGACCUCUCCUCGUCAUGCUCCUCCCGUGCCUUUGCCUGGAAUGAACAUCGGCACGAGGCCUGCCGUCGAUGUGGAGAAGGAGGAUGAUGAUGAGGAGCCCCUGGCGACCCCGAUUUCUGAGCAACAUCCUCCACGACAGGUACCAGAUGUCGAGGAGGUCGUUCAUGAAGGCCCCCCGCCACGCCGCUCUACUGAUCGACCCCCUCCCGUCCCGCCUACCGAGCGCUCUGCUGCGGCUCCCCCAAUGCCAGAGUCACGGCCCGUUCCACCUCCACCAGCACCAGUAGAAGAACCAGCUUCGCCGCCUCCAGUCCCAGGGGGCCGCCCUGCUCCUCCUCCGCCUCGGCCUUCCACGGGCGACGAAUCCGAUGAUGAACUAUCAGUGCAUGCAAAGAGCUUGUCCUUAGACGAGCCAGGUCAGGCACCCGUGGUGCCUGCACCAGCUAUUCCUGACCGUUUGGAUUCUCGGCGAUCCUCAACGUACGACUCGACACCCCCCUUGGGCCCGACACCAACUGCCGAAAAGAGAGCAAGCCGCCCACCUCCUCCAAUCCCGACUAAUCCACCCAUGCCCCCGGCACAGAGUCGUGCGCCGCCUCCACCACCACCAGGCCAACUUCGUCGACAAUCCACAGUUGAUAGCCGCGGGAGUGCCCCCCGACAGGCUGGGGAAGAUGUUGAAGGAGAGGUUACGGAGUACGAUGGAGAUUACGACACUGAUAUCGCAUCCGGAGCCAAGCACAAGGAUGCUUUGAGGGCCCACGAGCGAGAGUCCAGCUUUGAUGAGGGAACAAUCACAGACGAGUAUUCUCUUCAGUCACCUCGAAGCCCCCAGGAAUCUCGUCUGCCCCCACCGCUCCCACCCACUGCUGCCCCUCGAGGAGUUCCGCCCCCGCCACCAAGCCAACCGCCUCGAAAUGCUCGUGCUUCCAUAGAUACGCCAAGAGGUCCGCCUCCGCUCCCGCCAACUAGGGAGGCCCCUCGUGGUGGUGCUGAGGACGAUGAUGAAUACGAUCCUUUCAACUAUUCUGCUCCUCAACAUGGGCUGCCCACUUCUCCGCCCCCUCCUCCACCGCAUGCCGUGAGCGAGGACUUUGAUGACCUUUAUGAGGCAUCUCCAGUUCAAAGUCCCUCGACCGAGCAACCUCCGUCACUUCAUGAAAAGCGACCUUCUCUGGCACCACCGCCCCCUCCCCAGAGUCAGGCUCCAGCCUUGCCUUCACCUUCUGCUGCCAGAAGCGGGCGGGCUUCCAUGGAUUUGAUGCGUGCUCAGCGGCGAUCGAUGGACGUAUCCCGUCCGUCCAUUGACCAGGGCUUCAUUGCCACUGAGGUUGACCUUGGAGAGAGUACCCUAUGGUGGACUCAGCCCAAGACGACUCCUCCGGUUUUCCAGAACCGCAAGGAUAUUCUCUUUGAAGUUGAGGAAUCUACCUCCACGAAACGGGGUGGCAAGACUACAGUGUCCAAAGACGUUUACGUUCUUUUCAUCGACUACUCUCAAACCGUGGUGACGGUGCACUUUGAUGCAAAGAACCCUGCAGAUGCCACCCUUGAGCAGCGUCAUGAACCUCCACCUCUCCAGCCCCGUCAGGAUCAACUUGAGCAGGCUCACGUUCAGCAUGGAAACCGAAUCUCAGAGUCCGUUAACGCAAUCCAAAACUCCACUGUCGGCGAUGGUACUCCUUUCGGAUUGAUCCAGCAUCUUCUGAACCCUCUGUCUGAUGCGCUCCUCCCUGUCGGAACCCGUGCCUACGGCGCCCUGGUCUACUCAAACUUGGCCAACGCAUCUGUCACGCAGAACGACGAGAUCCGCGCUGGUGACAUUGUCAGCUUCCGAAAUGCUCGCUUCCAGGGUCACCGUGGUACUAUGCACCAGAAGUACAGUGCCGAGGUGGGCAAACCCGACCACGUUGGCAUCGUCGUUGACUGGGAUGGCACCAAGAAGAAGAUCCGCGCCUGGGAGCAGGGACGCGAGAGCAAGAAGGUCAAGAUGGAGAGUUUCAAGCUGAAUGAUCUCCGCAGUGGCGAGUGCAAGGUCUGGCGUGUUAUGCCGCGCAGCUGGGUGGGCUGGGAGUCUUCCAAAUAA